UGUCCCCAGUAGUUCAGUAGCACUGAAACUCUUCGGCCAGUAUCCUCACGGUCUAUUUUGAUAUUUCGAACGUAAAUUCACAUAUUACUGCAAUCUCUUCUUUAUUAUAAAAUAAUAAUUUACGAAUCGUUAUCCCAUACGUUUUACAAGCAUGACGAGUAGAGACAGCCGACCGAUGAUCAGCUUUCAAAUGAUCGGUGCUGGGCCCAAUUCAUCUUACCGGACAUUGAAGGUUAUCCUGACUUUCACGGUGUCUGUGAUCGUUUCCUGGGGAUUGUACUAUGCAGUGGCUGUACAUGAAAGAGGAACAGAUGGAAGGCGACCGAAUAUAAUUGUUAUUAUGGCGGACGAUCUUGGUUGGAACGAUGUAAGCUUCCAUGGUGCCAAUCAAAUAGCCACGCCAAAUAUAGACGCUCUAGCUUACUAUGGCGUAAUACUGCAACGGCAUUAUGUUUUACCAAUAUGUACACCAUCAAGGACAGCCUUUCUUACCGGACGUUAUCCUAUACGAUCAGGUAUGCAAGGGUAUCCUUUAAAAGCAGGCGAAGCACGCGCGAUUCCUUUAAACAAUACCCUUUUACCAGCCCAUUUAAAGAAAUUAGGAUACGCAACUCACCUUGUGGGCAAGUGGCACGUUGGCUAUUACGAGGAUAAGUACACACCUGCCUAUCGCGGUUUUGAUACCUUCUUGGGAUAUUACAAUGGUUACAUCUCGUAUUUCAAUCAUACCAUCGAACAAGAUAAUCAUGUCGGGCACGAUUUGCAUUACGAUAUCCCAGGGCACUUAUCUCCUAAAUAUAAAUACGAAUACAUGACUGAUCUGAUAUCAGAAAGAGCGGAGGACAUAAUUUUGGGUCACGAUCAGUCUAAACCCCUUUAUCUACAACUAUCUCAUCUUGCUCCUCAUUCUAGCGAUGCUAAGGAAGUUAUGGAAGUUCGUGAUGCGAAAUACGUGAACGAAACUUUGGGCUAUAUUGGAAAUUUUAAUAGAAGAAAAUUUGCAGGAGUGGUCACUGCUAUGGACGAAUCGAUUGGCAGGGUUGUUCGGGCGCUGAAUCAAGCGAACAUGUUAGAGAACUCGAUCAUCGUUUUUAUGUCUGACAAUGGUGCACAGACCGAGGGAUUAUUAGAGAAUUAUGGAUCAAACUAUCCUCUGCGAGGGUUGAAAUUUACGUUGUUCGAGGGUGGAAUUCGUGGGACAGCUUGUAUAUAUUCUCCGUUAAUAAAAAAUCCCUCUAGAGUCAUUAAUAAAUUGAUUCAUAUCACGGAUUGGCUGCCAACGUUAUAUUCAGCUGCUGGUGGUAACUUAAAUGAUUUGAGAGAGGAUUUAGAUGGUGUUGAACAAUGGUCUACUAUCACUUCAGAAAAAGGAAAAGAUAAGCGUAAGAGUGUAUUAUUAAAUAUUGACGAAGUGAGCAAUACUUCUGCGGCGUUGAUGAAGAGAUACAAAUUGAUUAAAGGAGCAACAGCUUUAUAUGGUGAUUAUUAUGGCGAUAGUGGUGCAGAUAAAUCAUAUCCAGAAUACAAUAUUUCAAGCAUUCUACACUCCCCAACGGGUUCUGCUAUUGCUAGUAUAUCAAAUUAUAAGUUAGAUGCGAAUAAAAUAUCUCAACUCCGAAAGAAAGCGAUGGUUGUUUGCAAGAACUUUACGAGCUAUCCAAAAUGCUUUGACAAGUGUUUGUUUGAUAUCUAUACUGAUCCCUGCGAAACUACGGAUUUGUCUUCCAAGUACCCAUAUAUAGUUGACGAGAUCGAUAGCUACAUCGAACAAUACUAUAAAGUUUUGAUUCAUCAAACGAAUGUAUCACCGGAUCCAGCUUCCUACCCUGAACAUUUUAAUGGAACCUGGAUGCCUUGGGUGAAAUCAUCAGAAAACGAAAUUCUAACGGAAAUUACAGUACAAAAUUGGUAUGAAACUUUUCCCUCCCUCUUUCUCUGCCUUUUACCCAGAAUGAAGAAAGUAUUCUUCAGUCGCAGUAAAACCUUUCGAGUGACAUGUUUAUUUCUAUACUUCUACUUAUUGUUGCAUAGCAAAGACGCUACGUCAGUCUGUAUAUAUUUCACAUUCAUGGCUGCGAAAAGUAUAAUCAGCGACUUAAUGGAGACUUGUCUUCGCCUAACCGGCCUUUGGCCUAAUUGCUCAUAUAAGAUAUUGAAAUGUGGCAUUUUGAUGACAGUUUUGUUAACAUUUGUGAUACUUGAAUACUGGUACUGUAUAAUUCAUGUUAAAACUGAAUCUAUGGUGGAUCAAUUGGACAAAUUAAGUAUCGCAUUUACCAACACGGUUGUUUUCGUAAAAUUCGUUGCCAUUUGUAUUAAGCAAAGAGUUCUUGCUGAGACGCUCGCGAUUAUGGCUGAGGAUUGGAAUGAUCUUGAACAAUUCGAUAGCGAAAUAAUGAUACAAAAAGCUGCACUGUCUGCCCGUAUCACUAAAAUAACGCUAAUGCUAUUUUUCCCUACUGUCCCUUUUUACACAGCAACUAUCUUUCUUGGUCCUAGCAACAACACAACAGAAAAAAAAUUUUUGUUGGCCAUGAACUUCCCAUUCGAAUCAACUAAAUCACCUGUGUAUGAAAUAAUAGUGAGCGUACAAGUGAUCGCAGAAUGGAUAUUCGCGAUAAUCGCAGGAAUGUUCAUGGCGUUGUCCACUACAUUUGUGAUUCACGUAGCAGCUCGGAUCGAUGUAAUCACUGAGAAAUUGAAACAGGACUUAGAUAGUCGAAACGAGAAAGAAGCACGUUUAACGAGCAUGAGGAAUAUCAUAGUGAAGCACGAAAGAGUGAUCAGUCUAUCGGAGAAUAUUGAGAACCUUUUUACAAUGAUUGCAUUGGCACAGUUUCUUCUCGAUAUUACUGUCAUCUGUUUUAUCAGCUUUGUUCUUGUCACUUCGUUGGAUACUGGACAAUUUUUCACGAUAUUAUCCAGAACCUUUUCAUACUAUUUAUCUAUGAACUUUGAGGCCCUGAUACUUUGCUACACUGGAGAAUAUCUUACCACAAAGGUAAUACAUGCAGCAGCUCGGAUCGAAAUCAUAGCCGAGAAAUUGAAACAGGAUUUGGAUAGUCGAAACGAGAAAGAAGUACGUUUAACGAGCAUGAGGGGUAUCAUAGUGAAACACGAAAGAGUGAUCGUUCUAUCGGAGAAUAUUGAGAGUCUUUUCACGAUGGUUGCAUUGGCACAGUUCCUUUACGACAUUAUCGUCAUGUGUUUUAUCGGUUUCGUGCUUGUCACUUCAUUGGAUACUGGACAAUUUUUCACGGUACUAUCCAGGACCUUCUCAUACUAUCUAGCCAUCAACUUUGAGGCCCUGAUACUUUGCUACACUGGAGAAUAUCUUACCACGAAGAGUGAAUACGUUGGUUGGGUGGUGUAUAAUUCUAAUUGGUAUGAUUGGAGUGUUCAAGAGACCCGUGCACUUUUAUUAAUAAUACUGCGUUCGCAAAAGUCUUUGACUCUAACUAUUGGGAAGUUUACGACUUUAUCCCUUGUAACGUUCGCCAAUAUCAAUAGCUACAUCGAAGAAUACUAUAAAGUUUUGAUUCAUCAAACGAAUGUGUCAUCGGAUCCAGCUUCCUACCCUGAACAUUUUAAUGGAACCUGGAUGCCUUGGGUGAAAUCAUCAGAAAACGAAAUUCUAACGGAAGCUAUUUAGAAUGUUAUUAAAACUAUGUAGCCUGCGCUGGAAUACUAAUUGAAUAAAAUUAAAUUUCUGCAUCUCUAAA